AUGGCAACCAACAAAUCCUUCAUAAUCAGCCACAUGAACACCAGCCAUGCCGACUCCCUCUCCCUCUACCUCCGAGUCUACUGCGGCGUCUCCGCCCCCGACGCCCAACCCGCCAUCCUCCAAGACAUCACCCUCUCCGACCUCCUCAUCACCGCAAAAGGCACCCGCUACAGCGUCCCCAUCAACCCACCCAUGACCUCCCUCUCCGAGACCCGCGCCCGCGUCGUCGCCAUGCACAACGACUGUCUCCAGCGCCUGGGCCUCUCCGACAUCCUCAUCCGCGAGUACCGGCCCCCUCACGGGUUCCAGAUCGUCUCCCUAGGCUUAGUGGUCGCGACGCUGGUGGUGUUUAGUCGGCGGAGCAAUUUCCUGCCGGGGAGUGUGUUCUACGAGAUGGCGGGGCUGGACCGGUAUCCGGCGUUUACGCGGUUCUGCUACGAUGUUGCGCCGGUGGUGGUGGGGUUGAUGCUGGGCGCGCAUUUGCUGGAGGCGACGCUGUUGGCGGUUACGAGGUUGAGGCCGCAUGGGGUGCGGGUUGCGUCUGGGUUGUGGGUUGCGUGGAUGGUGUCGAAUGUUGUGGAGGGGUUUCCGGUGUGGCGGAGGAUUGAUCAGAUGGUGAGGGAGGAGAGGGUGAAGAGGGAGCAUCGCAAGUGA